AUUACUUAGAAAGGGGUAUGAACGUAAUAUCACAAUGGGAAUUUGACGCGGCUAUUUUUGACGCGGGAUAUACUCGAGAUGAAAGAGAGAGAAAAUAUGUUUGAUUAUAUAAAUUGGCUCUCUUUUUCCUGUCCGGCUUUCCCUUUAUUCACCUGUGUAAGCAAACUUCCUUCUCACUUUCUCUCUCCGAUCUCCAAUUACCCAGUACCCACAAUUUUGCUCCUACUAUAUCACUUGAAAACAAACAAAAUUUGAAAAUAAACAGCAAAAAACAAAACCAUAUUAUUUUUUUAACCCAUUUAAUGGUUUUUUUCAUGGUUAACGAUCAUCUAUAGUUGGAUUGUUUGGUAAAGUUUUAGGUUAUUGUUGUGAAGAAACAAGGAUAAGUUGGAGCUGUAGCUAUGCCGUUUGAGGAUUUGCCACUUGGGUUUCGGUUUAAACCCACAGAUUCUGAACUUAUAGAUCAUUAUCUUAGGCUUAAGAUCAAUGGCAAAGAAAGUGAAGUAUCAUGUAUUCGAGAAGUUGAUAUUUGCAGAGUUGAGCCUUGGGAUCUACCUGCUAUGUCGGCUAUCAAGACGAAAGAUCUUGAAUGGUUUUUCUUUUGUCCUCGUGACCGGAAGUACCCCAAUGGUCAGAGGUCAAAUCGAGCAACGACAGCAGGCUACUGGAAGGCCACUGGUAAAGACAGGAGCAUUAAGUCAAAGAAAAUGGGUUUGAUUGGUAUGAAGAAGACACUCGUUUUUUAUACUGGACGAGCUCCCAAGGGGCAGCGUACCCAUUGGGUUAUCCAUGAGUAUCGUCCUACCCUUCGGGAGCUUGAUGGUUCACACCCUGGUCAGGGAGCUUUCGUUCUUUGCCGGUUAUUCAAGAAAGCCGAUGAGGUGAAACUAGAAGAUAAUGAUGAUGGUUCUCACACCGAUGAAGUUGAACCCAACAUUGACUCUCCUAAUCCAACAUAUAUCACGCAAGACAUUCGGUCAGAACCUGCUGUUACCCAGGCUUCUCCUUUAUCUGUUGAGCAAAGUGUAGAGCAACGAAUAGCAACUCAGAAUCCUGCAGUCAAACCUUCUAAUAGUUUAGCAUCUGAGACUGCAUUUCCCGAGCGUCCUGUGCUUAAUGAAGAAACGAUGGCUGAGGUGAAUUCACAUUUCAUCAAAUCUGAUCAUUUUGAUGAUUUCCUUUUUGAUAAGCUCGGCUUGCACGAGAACCAGGGACCAGGUUGGAUGGACGACAUUUUCUCUCAAGAAAUAGGCGAUGGUCUGAACGUAUGGCCCUUGCAGGAUAUCAAUGUUAAAGAUCCUUUUAGUCACUUGUUUGAUUCUCUUAUAGAUACAGAUGCUCCCGACUACAAGAAAGCCAUUUAUCAAGGGGCUGUGAAUGCCGAUAAUGACAUGUGGAAGAAUUCAUCUAUCAAGGAGGGUGGAUCGUGUAGCGGGUCUGAUGUUGAAUUAGCCCAACAACAGCAUGAUGUGGGCUUUGUCCGUGAUGGCAAGAAUAUCGAUGAGCAAACUUACAACAAGGAUUCGUUUGAGGAUCACUUAUGGAAUGAUAAUGAUGUCUUCUCGGAUGCUUCACUGUAUCGAUUCUGUAACUCACAGAGCACAUCAGAGCCAAGUUAUUAUGCCCCACCACUUUCUGCCAGCAGUGUAAAAACUGAAGACAUUACUCAAUUUGUUGGAAAUCGGGAAAUCCAGAUAAGGUCCCGUGGAAGGCAAUUGCCACAGCCAAAUUUCAAUGUGCAGGGAACUGCACCAAGAAGAAUCCGUUUUGAAAAAGGACACAAUUCAACGGUUAUUGAGGAUGGUACCAUUCCUCCUUUUGAAGAUAUCCUCUGCCUAGAAGAUCUUACUGAAAAUGUCGAUGAACCUGGAUCAAGUACGGAUGCUAAUGAAGUUGUGGAGACUGGAAUCGAGAUAAAGACCCGACACCUAAAAUCUCAGCCCGGGGUGUCGAUAUUUAUGGAGCAGGGAACUGCUCCUAGGAUACUUCGCCUUGAGGCUAAUAAGCAAUCAGCUUUCUGUGCUGACGCAACAAGGACUUUGUCCGAGGAAAUUAAUGAUGAAAAAUAUUCCGAUCAGAAGUCUAUAUCAUCGAAGAUACCAAUGGCAGUGCCGGUGGUUAAGGUAGUUAUGGUUAUUUCUUUUUUCAUUGUUUGCUGUGCUGUGUGGGUUGGUCGUAAUGUAUUUUUGCUAUCGAGCUGAUUUUUUGGACCGUCCUUCCAAUUUUAGCUACUUAUUUAGGAUAUAAGAGGGGAUUUAUGAGAACUCUUAGUACAGGCUCUAGAAUGGUUUGUGUGUAGGCUAUCUUUUUGUUUGUAGAUCAUCAGAGCUUGCUGAAUAUAUUCAUAUAUAUAUAUAUAUAUGACAGAGCUCCUAGAGUUUCUAUUUUUUGUACAUAUUGGUUAAUUUCAGCAUUUUUAUAUAGAAUGUUCCACUUGUAUA